UGAAGCCAAACAGUGCGCGUAAAUGCAACGAGAAUGUUUUACGGUUCGCUCACUGGCUCACUCUUACAAUCUAGGUAUCUCGGUAGCUAGCUAUUGCAGAAUUUAGGCAAUAAUAUUUUAUAUUGUUAGCUAACGUUGCACGAUGUCAUUUUAUUUUAGCUAUCUGGCUAGCUAGCUAAAUUGCGUUCUGCACAGUUGACUGGUCAAAGUUCAGGGCAGAUAGUUUGAAUUGAAAUACGGUCACAAUUUCAAGUGCAUUUGCAAUCCCUUGCAUUUUUUGAAAGCUGGAAAAUUACUAUUUUUGAGGCCCAAUGUUAUUGUGUUUUAAACAGAGUAGGUAGAAUUUGGACGAAACUCAACAGUAUACAAUAAAGCGUAUUUAGAAGCUAGCUAGCUUGGUUGCUGUGUGUUGGAAAACAGUUUUAGCUGUGUUUCAUUAGAGCUGAGAACACCAUGCAACCUCCGUGUUGCAGCAUUUCUACACAUUGUAGCGGGAGACUGUACGCGCGGAAAUAUAUCCUCAAUUGAACUCAUGGACCGGUGGGCAUUGUUUUGACUUUAUAUUAACGAUGGCGUUAUAGUAGUUGUCCUGGAAAGGUUUAGCAUGAAUGACGGUGGGCAGAAGAUCUUGUAUAAAAGCCAGCAGGGUGUGAUGUCAAACCCAUUGGCUACUGACUGUAAUCAAUCAGGGAAUCGCACGGGGGGAGCGAACGCUAGAGGCGAGCAAAGCACAACAGAAGCCCAGGAGAGGGAGCUUCCCGGACGGCAUGAAAAAUCAAGCAUCGCCGAUCGUGGCCUGCUGCUGGGUCAGUCGUUUUCGCUUCUGAGAGGAGGUUCUGAAGGAUGCCCGCUGCACAACUCAGCCCUGGAUCCUGGUAAACCGUUAGCGUCCAAAAGGUGGGAGGAUGGCUCAUGGUAUUCCCUCCCAGGGCAAAGUGACCAUCACUGUGGAUGAGUACAGCUCCAACCCCACGCAGGCCUUCACCCAUUACAACAUCAACCAGAGCCGCUUCCAGCCGCCCCAUGUCCACAUGGUGGACCCCAUCCCAUACGACACUCCCAAACCGGCGGGUCACACGCGCUUCGUCUGCGUCUCUGACACACACUCCCGGACAGAUGGCAUCCAGAUGCCGUACGGCGACGUACUGCUCCACACGGGCGACUUCACUGAGCUGGGCCUUCCCUCCGAGGUUAAGAAGUUUAACGACUGGUUAGGUGGUCUACCUUAUGAAUUCAAAGUCGUUAUCGCAGGGAACCAUGAACUGACGUUUGACAAAGACUUCAUGGCUGAGCUGGUCAAGCAGGAUUACUACCGCUUUCCCUCUGUGUCCAAGUUGAAACCAGAGGACUUUGACAAUGUUCAGUCGCUCCUUACGAACUGUGUGUACCUGCAGGACUCCGACGUGACAGUCAAAGGAUUCCGAAUAUACGGGGCACCUUGGACACCCUGGUUCAAUGGAUGGGGCUUCAACUUGCCCCGGGGCCAGUCUCUGUUGGACAAGUGGAACCAGGUACCAGAGGGCAUCGACAUCCUCAUGACCCAUGGGCCUCCACUCGGUUUUCGGGACUGGGUUCCGAAGGAGCUGCAGCGGGUGGGCUGUGUGGAGCUUCUCAACACCGUGCAGAGGCGAGUCCGGCCCAAACUCCACGCCUUUGGGGGGAUCCAUGAGGGGUAUGGCAUUAUGACGGACGGGUACACGACAUACAUCAACGCCUCCACCUGCACAGUCAGCUUCCAGCCCACCAAUCCCCCGAUCGUAUUUGACCUGCCCAACCCUCCGAGCUCCUGAAAUCACAGGGAGUGAUGUAAAUUUCCAUUCUUUUCUAAUGAGUCAAACAUGCUAAAUGUUCUUUCCAAAAAAAAUAAGCUUUUGUAAACUGCUGGUACAAAAAUACAUAAAAUUGUGUUUUAAAGAUUGUGGUGGGAAUGGGGAGGGGGGGUGUCAAGCCGUUGAAAAUGGAUUGGAUCUAUAAUAUGAAGCUUUGUGAAUUUGUAUGGUCUGUGUGUAUAUAUAUGUAUAUAUAUAUAUAUAUAUUCAUAUAUUCAUAUAUAUAUACAUAUAUAUAUUUAUAUAUGUACAGUGAGCUCCAUAGUGUUUUGCACAUAGGCAUGUUUGUUCUUGAUUUGGCUCUGUACUGCACAAUUUUAGAUUUGUAAUAAAACAAUUAAAAUCUAAUGUGGUAAUGUGCACAAAAGUGCAUCUCAGCUUUUAUUUAAGGAUAUUUUUAUGAACUUUGGUUUCACCGUGUAGAAAUUACCUCACCUUUUAUACGUAACCCCCCAUUUUAGGGCACUAAUGUUUGGCACGUUAAUAUUAUUUAAAUGAAAGUAGUCAUGUUCAGUAUUUUGUUGCAUAUCCUUUGCAUGCAAUGACUGCUUGUAGUCUGUGACCCAUAGCCAUCACCAGGUGCUAUAUUCUCUGGUGAUACUCUGUCAUGCCUGUACUGCAGCCAUCUGUAGCUCCUGCUUGUUUCAGGGACUAUUUGCCUGAAGUUUUCUCUUCGGCAUAUUCAGUUGGAUUCAGAUGAGGUGAAGGACUUGACCAGUCAAGAAUUUUUCAAUUUUUGGCAUUGAGAAACUUUUUUUGUUGCUUUAGCAGUAUGUGUGGGAUCAUUGUGUUGCUGCAGGAUGAAGCGCUGCUCAAUGAGUUUGGAGGCAUUUGGUUGAACUUGAGCAGAUAAGAUGCUUCUGUGCAGAGUUCAUUCUGCUUCUGCUAUCAGCAGUUACAUCAUCAAUGAAGACAAAUGAGCCAGUAUCUGUGGCAGCCAUACAUUCCCAAACCCUAGCAACCGUACCACCAUUUUUCACAGUUAAGGGGGGUGCAUUUCCUUUUGGCCUUCAUACUUUGCUCUUGCCAAAACUCUGAUAGAAGUGAAUCAUGGUCUCAUGUCCGCAAGAUUUUUUUCCAGAGCUCUCCAGGCUCUUUUAGGUACAUCUUAGCAAACUGUAAUCUGGCCAUUUUGUUUUUGCGGCUAGCUAAUGGUUUGCAUCUUGCAAUUCUGGUCGUUAAGUAUUCUGAGGACAGUACUGUCAUAUCCAUGCCUGCCUCCUGAAGAAUGUCUCUGAUCUGUGAGACAGGUGUGUGGGCCUUUUCUUCAUUGCGGUAAAAAUUCUUUGGUCAACUGUCGGUCCACGGUCUUCCUUGGCCCACCAGUCCCUUUGUGAUUACAGAGCUCACCAUGUGCUCUCUCUUCUUAAUGAUGUUCCAAACAGUUGAUUUUGUAAGCCUAAGGUUAGUUCUAUGUCUGACUACUUUUUUCUUAUUUCUUUGCCUCAAAGUGGUUUCCUUGACUUUCAUUUGCAACUCUGGUCCUCAUUUACAAACGACAAUAACAGACACCUAAGGCAAUCAAAAGCCUAGAAUCAUGGCUAGAUACUGGAAACUUUCUUAUACCUACACUAAGGAAGCAAUUGAACACCUUGGCCAAAUCAGAAACACCUGUGAAGCUGUUUGUCCCAAACACAUUUGUCCGUAAUUUCUUCAUGGUGAAACCAAAAUGUCUGAAAAUUCCCAUUAAUAAAAGCUGCACUUUAACCACAUUGGAAUGACAAAUGUAACAUUGCAGAGUACAAAGCCAAAUCAAGAAAAGAAAAAAAAGUAUAUGUCUUUGUCCCAAACAUUAUGGAGCUCACUGUUUAUAUAUGCAUUUUCUGGAUACUUUGAUAUGAAAUGCCAUUGUAGGUUUUUUUUUUUUUUUUUUUUACGUUCCUUUUUUGAGGACAGUUAAGCUUUCUUUUGGCAGACAAGGAAACUGCCCUUAAACUAGCUUUACAGUAUAUUGUGAGAAUGUCACUUCUGGUAGCAGAGAAUAGGUCCCUUAUUUAUUUUCCGCGAUGAGUGAGAAAUGGAGAAAUGCAUUCAGAGGAACAUCAAUUACUAGAUCAGGGAAGAAUUGAAAAAGGUUACUGUACUGUGCGUACCUCGUUGGACAAAUAAUUUGAAGUGUGGCAAAUGUACUUACAUGAUCUGACCUCUGCACUAAAUUUGUGUGUAUUUUUAUAGCAAGUUAUGAAAAGAAUUCUGUUUUGUGUGUGUAUGUGUUUACUUGUGUAUGUGUGUGUGUAUGUAUGCAUACAGAUUUUAAACACACGUACACAACUGUACUUCACCCCUCUCUGUGCUUUCAAUGCUGCCCGUCUCAUGGCCGAAUUUGCCUUAUGCGCGCAAGAAUUUCAUCAUCAGAAAGGGGCACUUUUACAAACCGACAGCCUUUUUUCUACACACCUGCCUGAACAAGGUUUAGUUGUCCUUUAAAUCUUAAAUAUUAUUGUAUUUGUGUUUUUAUUGUCUCUUUUUCUAAUUUUGCACUGUGUGUAAAUGCAAUCUUGCUAGCACAAUAAAACAUUGCCAAUAGUUGUUUCAACUUCGCCACUGUAAAUGCUUCUUGGCUUUUGCUGACUUAGUUUCCUUGUUUAUGGAAGUUUAGAAUGGCUUCUUUUCUUUAAAUGUAUUGUGAUAUACAUUUAGCUGCCUUUAUAUGCAAAUAAAAUUGCAAGAUUUUUACUUAUUAAA